AUCCAAGGCACCAUUUUCACCGCAAAGCCAAUUUUAUUAUUUUUCUUCUGCCCCCUCUGUUCGUUUGCACAGCGGGAAGAAAUGACGAAUAACAACACGGAUCGAAAGAGCACAGGGACAGGAGAGACAUGCGACGAAGGAACGGGGCUGACCACCGAACUUGCAGGGCACCAGGCCACCGCCUCAUACAUCAUAAGAGACAGGAACCUGAAAAUACGUACAAGAACGUGCAAGAGAAACAAACACCUUCUGGUGCGUAUAAACAAACGGACAGAGGAUGCACUGACGGUGACGAAGCGCAUUGUGGAACGGAAUGAGUAUGACACGGUGUAUGUGGUGAUGAAGUACGGGCGCAUCAGGCGGAUGGACAGGAGUGCGCUUCGAAUGGUGUAUGACAUGAUGGGGUACGAGGUGUACGUGGGGUACGUGCCCAGAAGGAUUAUUAGGGAGAACGAGUACGUGUGCCUGUACAGAAUGGAAAGGAUAAGGAGCGUGUGACUGGGAAGAGUGGGGGUGCAAGAUGGGAGUAGAUUCAGAAAUAGACUGUCAGAGCGGGAGUGAGGAACAAAUAGAGAAGGUGCAUGGAGGGGAAGAGAGAUGGACCAGCUGGUUGAGGGAUCGAUCUGAUGCCAUAGGACGAAUGCAAGGGAACGUACGUGUGCAAUUCUGGUUAGAGCGGACAGAACGUGGAAUUAAAGGCAGAUGCGUACAAAAAAUGUUCUAAAGGCGAUGAGUGAUUUAUUGGUGGCUGCAGGACAGGGUAGAGGACCUGCGAUGUGCAGAUUUGUAUUCAACGGCUGGGCCCAGCAACCAAGGAUUUUAUCGUGCUUGGCAAAGAUUCGUUCACAGAUAGAACGUGCAAAAUCAGAGAACGACUUCCCGAUUACUGCACCAUGUGAUGGCCAUUCUCAAUCUUUUUAGGAGGUGUGCUCGUGGUGAGCAGAGUUGCUGCAUUUUUUAUUUGUGCUGGCACUUCGUGCAACCGAGCGUUGCAUGAUUGAGGGCGUGUUGUAGUAAAAGCUGUCAAAAUUUUUAGAGGAAGUGCAGGUGACAGGAAAGGAAGGUCCUCAACAGCAAAUCAAAGAAGUUACCCGCUAUUUUCAUCGUGUACAGGUGUACGCAUAUAUAAGCGAUUUAACGAGGCAUAUACGGAUUUAUAAGGUGCUCAUAUCAAUGGUGAAUUGCUGUUAAUAGAUGUCUUAAAUAACAUUAUUUAGAUAUCUUGUCAAAUAUUUUUCUUGGCCUGCUCCAGCCGUAGCUUUUAGCCGUUGAUCCAAAUGUUUUUUUACAUUUUCCGCAUACAGCCUUGUGUUAGGGUUGUACUCAACCAGCGUGGUCUUGCUGAGGGAAUGCUGGCGCUAAUAAUUGCUGUCUUCCUUGUUCAGGGCUCGUUUUUAACGGAUCCAAGGUUUAGCUCCCAUAGUAUACGCUGCCGUUUAAAACCUAUCGCAAUGAAUUUGUACUUCUUAUCUCUGGUUGCCUGCUCUGACUCUACACAUAACGCAAAGAGGCUAUGUAAUUUACACCAAACGUACUUUAACUAAACUCGCUCAACACCAUGUGCACAACAUUUACAGGCCACAUGGGGCCUUGAAUCUGCUAUUACCGUUCGUCUCUGCGCAUUGUGACCCAUGUUCACCUACGUUUACUGGGCAUGUAUAAAUCAUUCCUCCCCUUACAUGGAAGAAUUAACGACAUAAACACCAAAAAUGGCACGUGUUAGUCCGCCCACCUGACCAUUCGAGUUGUUACGUCCGAGUGGUACGAUCUUGCCUGCAGCAAUUAUUGCCAUUGCAAGAUGAUCUUCCGCUUAGUGCCGACAUGAAAGUGG